AUGCACUUGCGAGAUGACGACGAUACUAGCCAAUGUAACUCGAGAAAUUCUAACGGAUCACGACACACUCACAGCAAUCAUGCCCGAAAUGAUACAUCGAAACGAUUUACACCAGGCGAUCCUUGUGUAGUUUGCGGAGAUGCCGCAUCUGGAAUCCAUUAUGCCGUGGCAGCAUGUAAUGGUUGCAAGACAUUCUUCAGAAGAGUCGUUCUAGAGAAUCGAACGUAUUCGUGCAAAAACAACGGCGAUUGUAUCAUCGACAAAAAUAUGCGAUGUUCAUGCAGACAUUGUCGAUUCAAAAAGUGUAUACGGGUUGGCAUGGACCGAAGUGGUAGGUGUGUUUACGUUUCAUCUGAUUGA